GUAGUACCGUUAUAUUCAUUUAACUUUCGGAAUGCCAUCCAAUUCCAUAGAGAAGAAUUUAUAAAAUAAGAGUCUGUUGGUGGCGGGCUAAGCUUAGAGCGAACACACUGAUUUUGGCGACAGAGAAAGAGCGAAGAUGAGCAAGAAGAGGCCGCCUCCUGAUCCCGUGGCUGUACUCAGAGGUCACAGAGCCUCUGUCAUGGACAUCGAUUUUCAUCCAUCAAAACCCUUCCUAUUUACUGGCGCCGCAGACGGUGAGUUGCGGAUUUGGGAUACGAUCCAGCAUCGGACAAUAUCAUCAGCUUGGGCGCAUAGUGCGGCGCAUGGAAUUAUCAGUGUUGCUAGUAGUUCUUCGAUUGGACCCAACAAAGUCAUAAGCCAGGGAAGGGAUGGAACCGUUAAGUGUUGGGAUAUUGAAGACGGAGGUAUAUCCAAUUCCAGGAGUCCCUCUGUUACAAUAGAGACAAAUUCUUAUCACUUCUGCAAGCUUUCGUUGGUGAAGAAGCCUUAUGCUUGUAGUGCACGAGUUCAGGGGCUUAGCCAUGACUGUGAGAUUGAGACUGCAGAAAUUAAGCAUGGAGAAGUUCAGGAUGAUACUAGUAAAAGCGCUCAAGGAAGUCUAAUAGACCAUUCUAGCAAUUUCGAAGGAGAUAUUCAUGCUGAAGAACCUAACUACGUGGCUAUAGCAGGGGAGCAGUCUUUUCAGGUUGAGAUUUGGGAUCUGAAUAAUGCAGAAAGGGUCAUGCAGCUUCCUCAAAACUGCUCUGAUGGUUCACCAAAUAUUUCUACCAAGGAGAGAGGAAUGUGCAUGGCCGUUCAAGCAUUUUUAACAUCUGAAUCACAAGGGUUUCUAAAUUUAUUAGCUGGUUAUGAGGAUGGUUCAAUGCUUUGGUGGGACAUAAGAAAUCCUAAAGUUCCACUGACAUCUGUCAAGUUUCAUUCAGAGCCGGUUCUAAGCCUAUGUGUGGAUGGGUCAUGCAUUGGUGGUAUCUCUGGAGCUGCUGACGAUAAAGUUGUGAUGUAUAGUUUGGAUCAUUCAGUGGGUACUUGCUUCAUCAAGAAAGAGAUUAGUUUAGAACGACCUGGCAUAUCAGGCACCUCUAUUCGACCAGAUGGAAAAAUUGCUGCAACAGCGGGCUGGGACCACAGAGUGCGGAUAUACAAUUAUCGCAAAGGAAAUGCUUUGGCGAUAUUGAAGUAUCACCAUGCAACGUGUAAUGCGGUGUCGUAUUCAACGGAUUCUAAGCUAAUGGCUUCUGCAUCGGAAGACACGACGGUGGCGCUGUGGGAGCUCUAUCCUCCUCAAACGUGAAAUGUGUAUGAUACUCUGCAUAUCGUGUCGUUAAAGACGCUAAUUUCUUCAAAAGCAUUGAAAAUAGAGUUUGAUGCAUACGUUGUUGAUUUUUAUUUUUUAUAUUAGGUUGUUAAUGCUGAUAUUUCUAGCCUCUAUUUGAGAAGAAAACCAUUUUAAAUGUAAACAUGGUCUUUAUAUGGCUGCCUCAAAAUAAACACGAUAAUUUCUUAGUGAAA